AUAUAGCUAUUGGCUCUUGAUCAUUUCUUAACUCAAAUGAAAUUGAGUUAUGCAAAUACGCUGCCUCUAGAGUCAAAGGAGGCCUCCCCCAACAUUACACACGGACAGAACUAUCUAUGCCCCAAAAGAAACAUAUACACACUUGUUCCCUCUCCCCAAGAGAAGCAAUGAUCACGGAGAUCCUAUAGACAUGCAAAGCAACAACCAUAGCAACUACAACAACAGCAGCAACAAUCAUCCCCAAAAUAGCCACACAUCGACCAGCUGGUCAUCGGAUUCCGGUGAGCCUUGUGGAUCUACAGGUAACAAAUGGGCAUCAAAGCUUCUUAGGGAGUGUGCAAGAGCCAUCUCCGACAAGGACUCAUGCAAAAUCCACCAACUUCUAUGGAUGUUAAAUGAGCUUGCCUCCCCUUAUGGAGAUUGUGAUCAGAAAUUGGCAUCUUAUUUCUUGCAAGCUUUAUUUUGUAAGGCGACGGAGUCCGGCCACCGAUGCUUCAAAACCCUAACUACAGUAGCUGAAAAGAGUCACUCCUUUGAUUCUGCUAGGAAGUUGAUACUAAAAUUCCAAGAGGUAAGCCCCUGGACAACUUUUGGUCAUGUUGCUUCUAAUGGUGCAAUCUUGGAAGCCUUAGAAGGUGAAACCAAACUUCACAUAAUUGAUAUUAGCAAUACCCUUUGCACCCAAUGGCCUACUUUGCUUGAAGCGUUAGCCACAAGAAACGAUGAGACCCCACGUUUAAAGCUCACUGUUGUAGUUACUGCUGGCAUCGUGAGAUCAGUCAUAAAGGAAAUAGGCCAAAGAAUGGAGAAGUUUGCUAGGUUAAUGGGAGUUCCCUUCGAGAUCAACGUAAUAAGUGGGCUAAACAAUUUAUCAGAGCUCAAUCAGGAAGGAUUAGGUGUUCAAGAAGAUGAAGCUAUAGCGAUCAAUUGCAUCGGAGCAUUGAGAACAGUUGAAAUAGAGGAAAGAAGUUCUUUGAUCCGAAUGUUUCAAUCACUUAACCCUCGGGUUGUGACAGUGGUUGAAGAAGAAGCUGAUUUUACUAGCUCAAGAUAUGAGUUUGUCAAGUGCUUUGAAGAGUGCCUUAGGUAUUACACUCUAUACUUUGAGAUGCUAGAAGAAAGCUUUGCCCCAACUAGUAAUGAGAGAUUGAUGUUGGAAAGGGAGUGCUCAAGAAGCAUAGUUAGGGUUUUGGCUUGUGAUCACGAAGAAAAUGAUGGAGGAGGAGGAGGGGGAGAGUGUGAGAGAAGGGAGAGAGGAAACCAGUGGUGCGAGAGACUCAGGGACGUGCUUACGCCGGUCGGAUUCAGUGAUGAUGUUGUGGAUGAUGUCAAGGCAUUGCUUAAGAGAUACAGACCUGGGUGGUCAUUUAUGCAACCCCCACAAGGAGAUCAAGAAGGUUCAGGACUUUACUUGACAUGGAAAGAGGAACCUGUAGUAUGGGCAUCAGCGUGGAAACCCUAAUCAUCAUCUCUACACACUACUACUACUCAAGCAGAUCAUGGGAAUUUAUUCAGAAGCUGGAUAUGAGAGUUGAUUGCCCAUCAUGAACAAUUAGAUUUGAUGAUGGAGUUUAUUACUUUUUUCUUAUCCCAAAUCUUCUUCUUCUUCACAUAGUCAUAGUUAUUAUCAUGCAUAUUUUUAAUUUUAUCUUUAUGUCCAAGUACUUUUCUGCUCUUCUUCUUUAUGCUUGGGAGUUUGUGUUGCUUUUUUAACUGCUUUUAGAUCAUCUUAUUUGUUUGAAGGUGUUUGCACUUGUGCUUCUUUUUUCUGUUCCAUAACAUCAUCCCAUUUCCUCGUUUGGAUUGCUUGCUCAGUAUCUUUCUCCUCAACUCUUAGUAAUGGGGGAAUUUGUAACAAAAUCUUCAUAGUGUUCAUUUUUACAUAUA